ACUCAGAAGUAGAUUCAGGGCCAGUUUUAUUAAACUUCGUACGAAGUCUUCGUGGCCUACGAAGUGAUCGUAGAUUUCGUGUAUAGUUCAUGCGUGGUUUUACUGAAAAAUAGUUCGAUAAUUACAAUAAGACUAAUUUCAGGUACUGCCACAAAACAUAGGCCAAUAGAUAACAUCAUACCACGUAACUUGUAGCUGCAUGUACAUGUACAUAUUAUUAUCAAGUACAAACUAUUUUUAAACAUUCAUGUAUGUAACUGAUAACAUGUGUACAACUUAUCCUAGUUUUAUACGACUAUGUUUAUGUCAACGCGUCACUUAAUUCUGUUCCGCUAUUUAUAGCGGUGGUGGAGUGGCGGAUAUGCAUUCGCCGACUACUCAGUGGAUAUUUUAAACUACGGUAGUGUCUUGUGUUUAACAUGUUAAGGGUAUUUUCUGUUUUGGUUUGCGGUUCUGAUAUUCGAUAAUGAAGGAAUACGCGUUUGAACGUUGAUCGUUUACUCAUUUGGGGGUCACCUCGAAGUCUUUUAAUGUUAAACAUCUAAGGAAAUAGUAAAAUGAUGAAAUUAAGGUUAAUACUGAAAUACAGAUCUAAGAAAUAUUUGCGAUGCUUGGUGGUGAUCUUAUUGCUGACAUUUAUGAUAUAUUGUAACUUCACGGUCCGUCACGUGUACCGGAACUCCGGGGUGGCGGUCGCCUGCAGCAUCCCCCGGCUGGACCCGUUUGACGCCAGCAUUCUGCCCUACGUCUGGGAACCAGCCCCUCUCACGUGCGACGCAGGACUCAUGCUGUUGGUCUCUGACCCCAAGGGUCUUAUACAGUGGAACGACACCGCGCUCAGACUGGCGAGAAUAGGAAAGGGACACCUUCCGACGUGUAUUUACCGUGUGAUUGAACUUGGAAGUGACUUCAAAACUAAAUACGGACCGGAAAUAACAUUCAGACCGCCGGCUGUUAUUUCCUCAGAGUUCUUUCAGGUUAUAUGUAAGAAUAGUAAAGGGGAGGCGGUGUUUGAGAGGAUUUUCAGUGUCAUCCAUGAGGGAAUAGGAAAGAAUCAUUCCACCCUCCGGGAUGAUAACCCGGAACGUCUGAGUGUGGUGUUACUGGGUAUAGACUCCGUGUCCCGGUCCGCCGCCAUCAGGAAGUUACCAAGGACUGUGAAGUACCUCACUGAGGAGUUGGGCUCAUACGACUUCCGCGGAAUGAUGAAGGUGGGUGACAACACGUUCCCUAAUCUUGUGGUGCAGCAGGCGGGUGUGUUGGACCCCGAGGACAUAUGUUUGUACUCCGAGUGUGAUCGCCUCCCACUCAUCUGGCGUAACUUCUCGGCUCGCAGCUACGUCACAAUGUUUGCAGAGGACUGGGGCUACGAGGCGACAUUCACCAACCAUCGACCGGGCUUCCGGUCGCCGCCCACGGACCACUAUAUGCGGAAUUUCUGGCUCGCUCUGGAGGAGCAGGCCGCCAAGGUUGGCGUCGAUACGCUCAAGUCCAUGCUCUACCCACUCGAGUGGACAAACCUCAAAUCUCAAGGCGCUCUCACCGCGCGCCGGUUGUGCUAUAAAGACGAGUUUAGAUAUAAAAUAUUGCUGAAUUAUUUGAAACAGUUCAUGACAGUGUAUAAAAGCAAACAAAGAUAUGCAUUAACUAUGGUAAAUUCCGUUGCGCACCAAGUGGAUAACUUUGUAUCCUAUGCAGACGAAGGAUACCUCGAUAUACUAAAAUGGCUGAAGGAAAACGGCCACCUGAAGAACACGAUGCUAGUAUUUUUCUCUGACCACGGGUCACGCCUGGAGCGGAUACGGAACACGCUAGUGGGGCGGCUUGAAGACCGGAUGCCCGUGCUGCACGUGGUCCUGCCAGAUCACAUCAAACACAAAUAUCCGCAUAUACACAACAAUUUGAUUGUAAAUAAAGAUAGGCUGAUAUCGCAUUGGGACGUUUAUAAAACUCUAGAGGAUGUUUUAAAUGGAAAUUUUAAAGCAAAAACAGAUUUCCUUGAAAAGCCUGGAGGGAUCAGUUUGUUCCGGGAGAUCCCGCCGGGCCGUUCAUGCGUGGACGCGGGGAUCCCGGACAUGUACUGCGCGUGUAACGCAAUAACGCUCCUCGAUCCUCGCGGGAGUCCGGCAGUGCAGAGCCUAAUAUCAAGACUGCAGGCACACAUGAUAAAGGAAAUAAACGGCUUUUUAGAAAGCCACAAAGAAUGUGCGAAGUUAAGAGUGCAUAAAGUGCACGAAGUAAGACAUUUGUCGAACGGCCUGCAUUAUGCGACAUCAAAUUACGGGUUUUACUCCACAAUAUUCGGUAUGUUCAUGUCACCGGAAGACGCCAGCGUGCGGUACGAAUUGGUGCUGCAGACGUCUCCCGGAUGUGGGCUGUUCGAGGCCACCUACCGCCUGUCUCCCGCCGAACAGCCGGUCAGACUAGGUAACAUUAUCCGCAUAAACAGGUAUGGCAGUCAGGCCGACUGUAUGGACGUCGGGCACCUGAGAGUGUUCUGUUACUGUGGUAACGAGACAACUCCAGGGACGGGAGAGUGUUCCGGUGAAAAGCACUGACAUGGACCAUUGGCGUCGCACGGAUAAUAAUGUGAUAAAUAAAUGUUUAAACGUUUAUGGCAUUUCUUAUGCAAUCAGUUUAUCUUUGAGAGGCAUCGGCUUUAACAUAAAUGUUAAAAAAAUACCAAAACUUACUUACAAAUCAUUUAAAAUCAUUUGAAUAGUACACAUGAAAGAUGAUUCGUCCGGAGUCGUGAGUAGCUAAGCUAUAUGAUCAUUUGAAAUAACUUUAAGAGGCAGAAUACAUUUGAGCUCCUUCUUAGUUCGAUGUUACUAAGGUGACAAUCGAAAACCUAUAAAGUGAGCAAAAUGUAAAAAUUCAUAGAAUGAAAACAAAAACAUUAUUUUAAAGAGCAAGACAUUUCCUAUCAUACAUGUGUGAAGUAAAAGAUCCGACGAUUUACGCAUACGUGUGGAGGGGGUUACGUUCUAUUGUAAACGUAAUAUCUAUUAUUACGUUUUGUGUCAGCAACCUAAACAAGUGUAAGAAUUGUGGAUGCCUUUUGACGCCAUUUUAUUUUGGAAUCAAUUGAAAGGUUAACUGAUUGCAAACACGUUGUUUGAUCUUGAAAGAUUGAACAAUAUGUCAUUUUACGUUCGUUUGUGUUGAAAUAAAGAACAAAAAUACAA